AGGACCAUGAAUAAGUCAGGGAUAUCUACUGUGACACAGUUCAUCUUGUUGGGCUUUCCUGGCCCCUGGAAAAUGCAGAUUAUACUCUUCUCAAUGAUUUUUUUGGUUUAUAUCUUGACUUUGACUGGGAAUGUGGCCAUUAUUUGUGCCGUGAGGUGGGACCACCGACUCCAUACCCCUAUGUACAUGCUUCUGGCCAACUUCUCCUUCCUGGAGAUCUGGUACGUGACCUGCACAGUUCCCAAUAUGUUGGUCAAUUUUUUUUCCAAAACCAAGACCAUAUCUUUCUCUGGUUGCUUCAUUCAGUUCUACUUCUUCUUUUCCUUGGGCACAACUGAAUGUUUCUUCCUCUGUGUCAUGGCUUAUGAUCGGUACCUGGCCAUCUGCCAUCCACUGCAUUAUCCCUCCAUCAUGACUAGUCAGUUCUGUGCCAUUCUGGUGUCUCUUUGUUGGCUCUUUGGUUUCCUUGGACAUUUAGUUUCUAUUACCUUCAUUUCUCAACUUCCCUUUUGUGGCCCCAACAUCAUUGACCACUUUCUAUGUGAUGUAGAACCACUGAUGGCUCUGUCUUGUGCCCCCAACUCCAUCAUAGAAAAUGCAUUCCAUUUUGUAACCUCUGUGUUCAUUGUUCUCACUGGCCUGUACAUCCUUGGCUCCUAUGCCCUGGUCCUCAGAGCUGUGCUUAAAGUUCCUUCUUCAGCUGGGCGGCAAAAGGCCUUCUCUACCUGUGGAUCCCACUUAGUCGUGGUUUCUCUGUUCUAUGGAACCAUAAUAGUGAUGUAUGUAAGUCCCAAAUCUGACAACUCAGUUGCUAUGCAUAAGAUCAUCACUCUGUUAUAUUCUGUAGUGACACCGGUCUUAAACCCUUUCAUCUACAGCAUACGCAACAAGGACAUGAAAUUUGCCCUUCGUCAGGUAUUUUGUAGAAUGAGAGUUAUCUAA